GAACAGUUUGUAGCCCAAAUCGAAUCUUACUUAAAAUGUUAAAAGUGUGGCUAACUGUUCAGAUUUGUUUGGCGAUUACCAUCUGCCAGCGAUCCAUCCAUGGCGGACUUUCACAGCGAAGAAAUUCAAAAAACAACACCUGGAAGUAUGGCAACUUUGCUUACUCUGCUUACAGAUCAGUACAAUUUACAGAUAAUUCCACAAUCGUCAUCCGCUUCAAAACAACAAAAACACAUGGAAUGCUGUUUUACAUGGAUGAUGGCGGCGUUCAAGAGUUCAUGGAUGCAUUCCUGUUAAACGGGCUAUUAAGAGUUCGUAUUUCUAUGGGCAAAUGCACGGGAAAUCAGAGGUUUAUAAACGGCUCGUUUGCCGACCUCAAAUGGCACAAACUCACUUUACAACGAAUGUCCGAAUCAGUGAUUGUAGAGGUGGACAGCUUGGAAUUAAUCUAUCUCUGUCGCGGACUUAAAAGAACUGACUUCAACAAAUAUGGGCCUUUUUUUGUGAGCUUCUUCCCGCUCCAAGAGUGGGGCAAAAUCAAGUGGAAUUUUCGCGAUUCUUUUUCGACUGCUUUAGCAUUUGGCGGAUUUGAGGGGUGUAUAAAAACACCAAAGUUUGCUGUAGGCGACCAAAAGUUACGCCGCGCCUCUCUUUGGAAAAGUGAGCGUGCCGUGGAGGGUUGCCGUGACGCAUGCAAAGAUCCCAGUUUUGGAGGAAAAUGUUACAAUGGUGGGAAAUGUGUGAACAAGAUCGUGAGGAGAGAAUGUGAUUGCAGCAAGACUCGAUUCAAUGGUCCAAACUGCUCCCGAGUUGCUCUCCUCGACUCCGUAGCGGGGCUGCAUUUCCACGAAGGUGCCGAUUGGUCUUUCGCAGAGUUCAGAGGUUGGGCCAUGUCCAGAAGAAGUGAGCUGCAGUUCUACUUUAAAACAGGUGCAAGUAGAUCUGCUUUACUACUGUAUCAGGAUAACAAAAAAAAGAACACUGAUAACGAUUUCCUUGAAAUGUCCUUGAACAGUGAUGGCUACGUUCAGCUUUACGUCCGGGGAAAUCGGUGCUUCCCUGAGAAACGCACGAUUCGUCAAAACUUUACCGACGAUACCUGGCAUCUGGUGACAAUUGCAAGAAAUAGUUUUCUUCUCAAUUUCAGCGUCGAUGAUAUUACAGCUGAAACGAUCUCUUGCGUGGCACCUCCACAGUUAUCUGGAUUCGAUGGCAAAGCAAUCAACUCUCUUUACAUUGGGGGAAUUCCGUUCCUUGAUUCCCAGGGAGAUCCAACCCUCAAAGCAUGGUCCCUGACCGGUCUGUUCCAAAAAGUAGGCCAAGAAUACAGCUGGUUUCAAGGAUGCUGUGUUGAUCUGGUGGUCAGGGCCGAAUGUGAUUGUGAGAAAACUGGGUAUUACGGUCGCUUUUGUGAACAAAAAGCAGUAAAGAAGUAUAUCAAUUCAACAGGAUCUUCACAUGUGAACAGAAUAGUUUCCAAUGGAACAGAUGUCACCGCACAAAAAAACAACACCAAAGACGACGACAAUAACGUCAGUAGCGGUGGAGAUGUAAAUGCAGGCAAUGGGGAUGGCGACGAUGUAAAUGAUCCAGGUAAAAGCACCAAAGGAGUAGCAGUGAGCGAAAGCAAGAAGGCCCAUAAUGGAGUUUCACCUCUGGUCGUUUCGCCGCCGGUUUGCUUUUUUCUUUACAUGACAGCUUUACUCAUCGACAUUGAUGUAGCCUGAUAGUGUCCUGGUCCUCUGAAAGCUGGAGUCUCGGAAGAAUCUCAAGCCUCAAUAGUGUAGAUAAAAUUGCGCUUAAUGGAGGGGUAGGUUCGAGAGUCGAUCAACAGGCUGUUAGGUGACAGAAUAACCGUAUUAAUACUUCAUACUAUCUAUCUUUCGGAGGUUUAGACAGUAAGAAUCUUUCAGCGUGGUAACCGCUUCAGAAAUUCUCACCAGUUCCUGUUAUUCUGCAAACAGUAAACUACAUAGGUUCUAUAAGAUAUCAACACCAAAAAUUUCAUAACUGAUUUUGUCCAACGGUUUAUUAAUUGCGCAAUCUGCACCAUGUUGUCACUUUUCAUUCGUUCUCUGCAGAAAAGUAUGAUUGAAUUUAAGCAGUGAAUGACUCACGUUAUUAGUUUUAUUUAAAGAGUAUUUCUCUCAUCUGUAUUUAAAAUAACCAAUGGAUUUACGCA